AUGCAUUUCAGAACAUCUACAGCUGUUGUCCUGGCGACAAUUGUCUCUCAGGCAUUUUCCCAUUGCGUUCUAACUUCCAUCACUGGGGCCAAUGGUGUGACCAUGCCUGGACUGAGUGUCAUUGAUGGCACGCCUCGUGAUUGUGCAAGCCCGUUAUGUGGAUCGGAGGCUGACACAUCAGUCAUCCGGAGGAAUGGACCUCCUCUAGGCAAGACGAGUGGCGGUGGUGAAGUUGAUGCUGCCGCAGCAGUUGCCAAAUUCAUGGGUAACGGAGCAAAUGCUGCCGCGAGAUUCAAGCGCAACCUUCUAGGAAGCAGAUAUGGCAGCAAACGUCGCGCUCUUCUUGAUGGCCUGAGCGAUCUUUUGGGUGGAGGUGGGGCCAGCGGUGGUGGUAAAGCCAGUGAAGCAUCCGGGACAAAGACUCCCAAGGGCACUGUCGAGGAUGGUGUUGCCAAGGCUGCUGGAAAAGGCGCAACAUCAGGCCUUCCUACGGUCGGUGCCGAUGGUGUCAUCGACAUGGUCAUGCAUCAGGUAAAUCAAGAUGGAGCAGGCCCCAUGACAGCCGCCAUCGAUCCCACAUCGGGCGGGACAAGCGAAGCAGCUUUCCAGCCAGCACAGAUGAUCGCAGACGUCCCAGGUGCAAUUGCCGGCAUUAGCGGCACGACCACGACCGAUUUCCCCAUCAAGGUACAGAUGCCGGCUGGUAUGACUUGCUCGGGCACCGUGGCAGGCGUGAAGAAUGUUUGUGUGGUUCGCGUCAAGAACUCAACGCCAGCAGGCCCCUUUGGAGGCUCAGCUGUCUUUACCCAGGAAGGUGCAGCCACUGCCAGUACUGGCAACUCAACUGCGGCUGCCAAGCGAGAUGUCCCUUUUAUCUUCGACGCAUGA